CUCAAUACACUAAAUGUCAUAAAAGGAGUGAGACAAAAAGGGAAUAGGUCGCUUCCAAGGAUGAUAUUUCUUAUGAAUACAAUGAACAGUGUAACACAGCUAACACGAGUAUUGCUGUUUAUGGAACUAGUAUUCAAUCGGUCAAAGAGGGAAAAAAAGCCAUAAAACAAGGAGAAAAAAAAAAGUUGGCUUAAUUGCACAGAUAAGCCAGGGCAAAAACAAUUCAAAAAUAGCUUCUUAUUGCUAAAUGCAGGGACAAUCACAAAAGAAUAAAAUGUGGUUGUAUAGAAACAAAUAAAUCAAAUGCUUAGUCGAUUUUGAUUGUAUCAAUGAAAGAGAUCUAUGGCUUCUUUUAAUUACAUGCGACGCUCUCUCUUCUCCUACAUUUCUUUAUUUGCCUUAUAAAAACUAGCUUCUCCUUUUUUUUGUCUGUUUCUCUCUCUCUUUUCUCUAAUUCUUGUUUUCCUUUUUUUUUAACAAUGGGGUUUAUUGAAAAGUUACGCACACAGUAUGAGUUGCAUCAAGUGAAUAAAUAUACAAGAAGAAGAGAAACACAGUCAGACUUUGAAUUUAAAAAUAAAGACUAUUACAAGGCUAAUUAUCAAAAUGGGAUUUAUAUCUCGGCGCCACAGAAGAUCUACUUAUGGACUGCCACCGUGUGUUAUUUAAAAAAGGCUAAAAAGAGAAAAUCAAUCGCGCUCGAACAGAACAAGACAUCCGAAUCAUAUACAAAUUUAUAAUAAAAUGUGUAAAAAUAAUUAUUUAAUCUAAA